CCCCGCGCUGUGUCUGUGUUUCCCUAUACUUGAGUCACUUCAGUCUGUGUUCGCUUGUCACAGUCGGUCGACAGCCCUAUAAAUCCAUCUCCCCCUCCCCUCCCCCAAUCUUUCCACCAUGACUCGACUGGAUGUGGACAAAACCAUCGAGGAGCUCACGCUGGGCGAGAAGGUGGCUCUCACGGCGGGCGUCGACUUCUGGCACACGGCCAGCGUGGAGCGCCUGAACAUCCCGGCGCUGCGCAUGUCAGAUGGGCCGAAUGGCGUGCGUGGGACGCGCUUCUUCAACGGCAUCCCCGCGGCGUGUUUCCCCUGUGCCACUGCCCUCGGCGCCACGUGGAACACCGACUUGCUGCACGAGGUCGGCCAGCUGAUGGGCGAGGAGGCCAUCGCCAAGGGCUCCCACAUCAUCCUGGGCCCGACCAUCAACAUCCAGCGCUCGCCCCUCGGCGGCCGCGGCUUCGAGUCGUUCGCCGAGGAUGGCCUGCUGUCCGGCACCCUGGCCGGCCACUUCUGCCGGGGCGUCCAGGAGAAGGGCGUCGCGGCCACCCUCAAGCACUUCGUCUGCAAUGACCAGGAGCAUGAACGUAUGGCCGUCAACAGCAUCGUCACCAUGCGCGCCCUGCGCGAGAUCUACCUGCUGCCGUUCCAGCUGGCCAUGCGCAUCUGCCCCCCCGCCUGUGUCAUGACCGCAUACAACAAGGUCAACGACACCCACGUCAGUGAGAACAAGGAGAUCCUCACGGACAUCCUCCGCAGGGAGUGGAAGUGGGACGGCCUGAUCAUGAGCGACUGGUUCGGAACCUACAGCACCUCCGACGCCAUCGCGGCCGGCUUGGAUCUGGAGAUGCCGGGCAAGACACGCUGGCGGGGAUCAGCCCUGGCGCAUGCCGUGUCUUCGAACAAGAUCCCCGAGUUCGUCCUCGACGACCGGGUCCGCAAUAUCCUCAACCUGGUCAACUGGGUCGAGCCGCUGGGCAUCCCGCCCCAUGCGCCGGAGAAGGCGCUCAACCGUCCGCAGGACCAGGCCCUCCUGCGCCGGGCCGCGGCCGAGUCGGUGGUGCUGAUGAAGAACGAGGACAAGCUGCUCCCCCUGAGCAAGGACAGGCCCACGCUCGUCAUCGGGCCCAAUGCCAAAAUCGCCGCCUACUGCGGCGGCGGCUCCGCCUCCCUGGACCCCUACUACACCGUCUCCCCGUUCGAGGGCGUCGCGGCCAAGAGCCACAGCGACGUGCACUUCGCCCAGGGCGUCUACUCGCACAAGGAGCUCCCCCUGCUGGGGCCCCUGCUCAAGACCGAAGACGGCCAGACGGGCUUCCGAUUCCGGGUCUACAACGAGGCCCCGUCCGAAGCCAAGCGCACCCUGGUCGACGAACUCCACCUGGUCCGCUCCAGCGGCUUCCUCAUGGACUACGUCAACCCGAAGAUCAAGUCCCUGACCUUCUACGUCGACAUGGAAGGCUACUUCACGCCCGAAGAAUCCGGCAUCUACGACUUCGGGGUGACGGUGGUCGGCACGGGCAAGCUCCUCAUCGACGACGAAGUGGUGGUCGACAACACCAAGAACCAGCGGCAAGGCAGCGCGUUCUUUGGCAGCGCGACCAUCGAAGAGCGCGGCUCCAGGCACCUCAACGCCGGCCAGACGUACAAGGUGGUGCUGGAAUUCGGCAGCGCGCCGACCUCCGACCUGGACACACGGGGCAUCGUGAUCUUCGGGCCUGGGGGAUUCCGCUUCGGCGCGACCCGCCAACUCAGCCAGGAGGAUCUCAUCGCGCACGCCGUCUCCCAGGCCUCGGCCGCCUCCCAGGUCGUCAUCGUCGCCGGCCUCACCAGCGAAUGGGAAACAGAAGGCUGCGACCGCGAGCACAUGGACCUGCCCCCGGGCAGCGACGAGAUGAUCUCGCGCGUCCUCGACGCCAACCCCAACUCCGUCGUCGUCAUCCAAAGCGGCACCCCCGUCUCCAUGCCGUGGAUCGGCAAGGCCAAAGCCCUGCUGCACGCCUGGUUCGGCGGCAAUGAAUGCGGCAACGGCCUCGCCGACAUCCUCUACGGCGACGUCAAUCCCUCCGCCAAGCUCCCGCUCUCCUUCCCCGUCCGUCUGCAGGACAACCCCAGCUAUCUGAACUUCCGGUCCGAGCGCGGCCGCGUGCUGUACGGCGAAGACGUCUACGUCGGAUACCGGUACUACGAGAAGCUGGCCCGCCCGCCUCUCUUCCCCUUUGGCCACGGUCUCUCCUACACCUCGUUCUCCCGGUCCGAUCUCUCCCUCUCCACCGUCCCGGAACUCGCCACCCUCGCGGACGGCGAGCCCAUCACCGCUUCCCUCACCGUCACCAACACGGGCUCUCUCCCCGGCGCGGAGACCGUGCAGCUGUGGGUCAUGCCCCCCGUGACGGGGGUCAACCGGCCCGUGCGCGAGCUGAAGGGCUUCACGAAGGUGUUCCUUGACCCCGGGGAGGCGAAACGGGUGCAGGUGGUGGUGGAGAAGAAGCUCGCGACCAGUUGGUGGGAUGAGCGGCGCGGGAAGUGGGCGUCGGAGAAGGGCGAGUAUCAGGUAUUGGUUACGGGGACGGGGGAGGGGGAGCUGAGAGAGGGUUUCACGGUGGAGAAGACGAGGUUUUGGGUGGGGUUGUAG